UGCAGGAGUGCCUUGAAUGUAGUGACAAAACAGCUGUAGGUGAUAGUUUUUAGGCACAAAAAUUGUAUAAUUUGCAUUUUGCAACCUGCAGCGUAUCAGCGGUAUCAAAUUAUUUCAAAUCUCAAGUUCUCUAAUUUCAUCACUCGAUUUUAAAAAGUGGACAAAAUUGGUCAUCUGUACAUCGUGAACACAUGAAUUAAAAUUGAAUGCAAGAACUUUGUUAAGUGCUUAUUUAUUUUAAAACUACGAAACUGUUUCCCCGGAUUCGAGGCGCCCUCACCAGGCUUUUUGAAAAAAUGGCUGAUGUUGAACCGUUCCACGAUGCCAAUGGUAGUUCUCGGCCAGAUUUAUCGAGGCCAGGAAAACCGCUUCGCUUGGCAGAUAUACCCAUUUUAAACAAUGAAAAUUGUAAAAUCAAAAAUAGACAACGUGUUGAAAAAAUUCUAAACGAAUUCGUGGAAGGAGGUCAUGAAAGGUUACAAAUAGUUUCGGACUUUGAUUUCACCAUUACAAAACAGCGAACUACCAAUGGAGCACCUGUGCCGAGUAGUUUCGGAAUUUUUGAGGAAUGCAAGUCGCUGCCACCAAAUUUUGUAAAAGAAGCUCGAGAGCUACAUGACACCUAUCGUCCUAUUGAGGUUGAUCCGCAAAUACCGCGGGAUGAAAAGGCAAUUGCUAUGAUCGAGUGGUGGACUAAGUCGGGCAAGAAUUUGAUGGGAUUUGCCUUUGAUCUAAAUGAAAUCGAUGAGAUUGCUAAAAAAUAUAGUAAUUCUGUUCGUGAUAACACACAAGAACUAUUUCGCCGCUUAAAUACGCUAAACAUACCCGUGCUUGUAUUCUCUGCCGGAUUGGGAAAUUGUGUUAUUGCUUUGCUUCGACAAGCGGGUGUUAUGUAUCCUAACGUUAAGGUUAUUUCAAAUUUUCUGCAAUUUAAAGAUGGCAUGCUUAAUGGUUUCCAGGAGCCAAUAAUCCAUACUUUUAAUAAAAACGAAACUAUGCUGGAAGGGAGCGAUUACUACGAUUUGGUUCAUAAUCGCGAUCACAUCAUUCUUAUGGGUGAUACAUUAGCCGAUUCUGGUAUGGCGGAUGGUGUUCCUGCUUCGUCCCAUGUAAUAAAAAUUGGCUUUCUAUUCCAUCAUGUGAAGGAAAAUAUGGAGCAGUACAUGAACACUUUUGAUAUCGUCUUGGUUGACGAUCAAACAAUGAACGUCCCACUAACGCUGCUGAAACUCAUCCAAGGUGAACCUCUCGUAUUCGACUAGAUUUUAUUUAUAAUUGUGAAUAAGUAGUAUUUAAUUACAAUUUAAUUGACAAGUACGGAUUGACGAGGGGAAGUACAUAAGCAAGAAAUAUGUAUGUAUAGAAACUUUGUGUUGCCCAUUUUACUCAAGCUCAAAUAAAUAUAUGCACGAAAGUAGUAAUUUUUAAAUAA